AUGGCUAUUGAGGGUGUCUCCGCCUCAGCCACCACCACACGUGGUGGUAAGCGCCGCCACCAAGGUGGCCAAAGAAGCAGAAACCUCAAGCUCACAAUCCUCUCAGGUGUGGUCACUCUUCUCAUCUUUAGAAGCACCAUUGACAGCUCACUGCAUUCCUCCUUGCCAGAUAUCUCAACCACAAAUUACGUGGAAGAGGCUAAUCGGUUCAUAGCCCAAAUUCGAUCCAACGAGGAAGAUGAAGAUGGUAACUCCACAACCUUGAUCACACCAAACCAAACAUACACAUUAGGCCCCAAGAUCACCAACUGGGAUGGUCAGAGGCAGAUGUUUCUCCAACAGCAUCCCGGUUUCUCGAGCAAGAAUCCUAGGAUCAUGCUGGUGACGGGGUCGGGGCCAUACCCUUGCGACAGUACCAUUGGUGAUCAUUACCUGCUCAAGUCUAUCAAGAACAAGAUUGAUUAUUGCAGACUCCACAGCAUUGAGAUAGUGUACAACAUGGCCUUUUUUGAUGAGGUGAUGUCUGGUGUUUGGGUAAAGCUGCCUCUGAUUAGGAAGCUGAUGCUUUCACAUCCAGAAAUGGAAUGGAUUUGGUGGAUGGAUAGUGAUGCAUUCUUCACUGAUAUGUUCUUUGAGGUCCCAUUUUACAGAUAUGAAGGUUACAACAUGGUUGUUCAUGGCUAUCCAAAUCUGCUAUUCGAUGAGAAAUCUUGGAUUGCUCUGAGUGCCGGGGUGUUCCUGCUUAGGAACUGCCAGUGGUCGCUGGACCUGCUCGACGCCUGGGCAAGAAUGGGACCGAGAGGAUGGGCCAGAGACGAGGCGGGGAGGAUUCUGACAGAGAAUUUGAAGGGAAGGCCAGCAUUUGAGGCAGAUGAUCAGUCUGCACUGAUAUAUCUGCUCAUCUCAAGAAGGGAUGAGUGGAUGGAUAGGGUGUUUUUGGAGAAUUCAUACUAUCUCCAUGGGUACUGGGUGGGAUUAGUUGACAGGUACGAGGAGUAUGAACGCAAGUUUCACCCCGGUUUAGGAGACGAGAGAUGGCCUUUCAUUACUCAUUUUAUUGGCUGCAAAGUUUGCACUGGUUAUGGAGAUUACACGUUUGAGUCGUGCUUGAGGAACAUGGAGAGGGCGUUCAAUUUUGCCGAUGAUCAGAUGCUGGAGAAGUAUGGUUUUAGGCAUAGGGGGCUCUCAAGCCCUAAUGUGAAAAGGAUCAGAAAUGAGACGAGUAGGCCAUUGGAGCAUACAGAUAAAAUUAAUGUGUCUCAGACAGUGUAUAUAUAGGGAGG